AUGUUUCGAAUCAGGCCAUUUUCACUGGCAAGCCGAAUUGGCUAUCGAACAGGGGUGAAAAAUUUUCCAAGGAAAUCGAUUCCUAGUCUUAUCGCAAAACGUUCUAUAACGAAUGCAUUCCAACAUGGAGUUCCACCUCCACAUCCAAUGCCGCCAGUGAAGAAAGUUCGUGCCUACCGGUGGCCAAUUAUCCUUGCUCUGGCAAUGCUGGUUUCAGGUGUAGCAUUUAGAUACUAUACAGCUCACAAUUAUCCACCAGAAGUGGCCUCGAAACUUCGCAAGGGUCUCAGAGCUGAGUUAGAUGGCGGAGGCAAAGGCAAACCAGACUACAAAUUAGCAUUACAAUAUUACUUAGAAGCACUGGAGGAAGCAGACAAUUCGAAUCUGCACUAUUUGAGUGAUGAAUAUACAGGACUUCAAAUCAAAAUUGCCGAAAUGUAUGAAAAAUUGGGUAUGGAAGAAGAAGCAAGACUCAUCUACCGUGAGCUAGGAACAUCUUAUAUUCAAGCAUUGACAGACGGAACCGCAGUAUCUGCAGAAGUUCGUCCUCAUAUGAUCCAGAGAGACCUCCGAGUUGCAUUGAAGACUGCCAUAUCUGAAGCUACCACUAAUCCUGAGGUAGCCAAGAUGGGCCUAUUAGUUCAUUUCACCAUUGCACAGAUGGAAGUCGCCAAUAGAGAUCCAGCAGUUGCGGAACUUAUCAACAGCGAGAAGACCCGGGCCAAUUUCAAUAUAUCUAUUCCUGUCGAGGGAGCUCCAUCAAAAUUCGAUACAAAAGCUUGGGAGCCAUUUCGGGACGAGCUGUUUAGUGCUCGAGACAGUACGUAUUCACAACUAGCGGCAUGUUCAGUGCCCAGACAUUCUUGUUUCUGUCACCACUUUCGAGUCGUGUUUUGGAUCAAGCCACUGUGUAGUGGUAUCCCCAGAACUUGA